GGUGACAAAGGUGUUGUGUGGGUCCAUUGUUACGCUAGUACCACACGCUCUACCUAGUAUUGUCCUUGUCACCCACAUUCACUACGGCCAUGCUUUCAAAGUGCCCUUCUCGAAGAAUAGCCGUCGACGGGUUGCUCUAGGCGCCGCCGAGAACGAGGUGUAGCGCUGUGAGCGCGUAGUUGCGUCACCACGGCGUUGCGGGCGCUGUUGCCAAUCAUAGCAGGCAGGCGCAGCCUACAGUGAAGGGUCAUAUUCUUCCAUCGCAGUAAUGCAGAGUCCCGACUUGGCUUAACAGACGUGGAAAGCUUCGAAACAACCGAAUGCUGCCGCCACGCCAUCGAGACGACCAAGCCACAGUUGCAGACGUGAAGCUCGAAGAGAGCUUUCGCAGCAUGGACAUAGAUACUACGGCUUCUCUUGACAAAAGCCAGAGGGAGGCAUUUGGCAACCUUUCAUACCAAAUACGCGCUCAUAUCCUGGAAGGUCCUCCGCUUUUGCUUGUCGUGUCUCAUUCGGGCACGUCGUCGGACUACGCCCACCAGUGUUCUGCUGCCAAAGGUGUCGUUUCCGUCGAUCGCAGCCGUCAAAUGACCAAGCAAGCCGAGAGCGACCACCGUCUAUAUGCCAUCGAAAUUCAAGUUCUGGCUCUUGCUGCGGUUUCGCAGGCUUUUCAAACCGGCUAUCGGGAAUACCCAGACGUUUCACAUGUCGCUCUUGCCAUGGGCCCCAUCUUACCGGGUUACGCUAUGUGUGUCCUCGAUUGGCUUGUUCGCUGUCUCGGAAGCAAGACAACGACAUCUUUCAUCCCAGAUGACCCAGAAGUCGAUGGCGAAGACAAGUGGUAUUGGCUGUAUAGCUAUGCGGCGAUGCGCGCUUUCGGUAUUGACGCUACUGAAGAUCUGCAGGCGUUCAUCAAGCGUCUUAUUGAUCAUGACAGCCUCGUCGCGGAGAUGAACAGCUACCUACGUCUUCUGCGAGCCCUGCAGCAGGUUGUCGGAGGCGCAAUGCGACGCUAUAGGCGCAGCACACCCGCACUUCGCCGCGCUCGUUAACGAGCAAUUGUAAAAGUCGAGGUUAUGAUCUCUUGUCGAACACCAGGCAGCGGUGAGGAGACGGGUCCCAAUACAAUAAGCAAGUAAACCUCAUUGUU